AUGGCGGCGCUGAGGAUUUUAUUUGGAGUGUUGACACUGGGCGCGCGUGCCUUCUCCGCGAACAUCGCUCCUCUCAAAGCCGAAGAUGUGGCGCUGGACCUCGAGCCGCAGAUAACCGGAGGCUUCCAGCUCAGUCUCGUCAAAGACGAUGAACGUAUAGUAUACGGUCAUAUCGGGCGAACGCUGGUUUCCACGUACACUGCAGUGAAUGUAGAAGGUGGUAUGGAGAUCUACAUUGGAGAAGUAAACCUCACAAUCAACACACUCUACGACGAAGCUUCUGAUGCGAGAGGCAUUAAGAUCAAGUGGAAUUCUCUUACUCCUAUGCGACUCGAAGACUGUUUUGAUUUCGGUACGAAUCAUUGGUACGGUGGACCUAUGCAAGUAGAACAAGUGUACCCGAUUGAGAAAGCAAAGCAAGUGUACUCACCAUACUACUCGAAAGAGUCUGACAACGGGGCCAUAGUCGAGAGAUACUGGCUCAACUCUAAGGGGGAGUACAUCUACGUGCAUCCUCAAGUCCCGCUCUUCGUCGACUAUAAUAACAUCUCACCCAAUCACAUAUGUUUCGGCGCGCAAAUUUCCGACCCAUACUCCGCUAAGAGAAACCACACGGAGCUGUCCUACGACCUAUGGCUUUUGCCCAACGUGAAAGAAGCACACAAGCACGCUGUAGCCAACUAUCUUGGUAAGCCGUCUGGAGUGCCAGAUUACAGGAUGGUGCAACAUCCGAUCUGGUCUACCUGGGCGCAGUACUCUCGAGAUGUUGACCGUGAAAAAGUUUUGGAGUUCGCUCAGCAGAUUCGAGAGUUUGGUUUCAGCGAUUCUCAGCUCGAAAUCGACGAUCUGUGGGAGACUUGCUAUGGUACACUCGAAGUGGACGAGAAGAAGUUCCCAAACUUCACAAGUCUAAUCCAGGUAGUUAAGGCCAUGGGCUUCCGCGUGACCAUCUGGGUGCACCCGUUCAUCAAUAAUAACUGCGAGCCGUUGUAUACAGAGGCUUUGAACAACGGAUACCUGGUGCUGGAUGAGACUGGGAAGCCGGCGACCUCUUGGUGGAACAACAACGGCUCCGUGCCUGGGUUUGUGGAUUUCACCAACCCCGCGGCGGCAAAGUGGUGGCACGACCGCGUUAGAAACCUGCUAGACACCUAUGACAUCGAUAGCGUUAAGUUCGAUGCAGGUGAAAGUAGCUUCACGCCACAAAUUGCAGUGCAAAGUGGCGACAUAGACAUGCAACCGCAUCAUAUCGUGCAGCAAUACGCGCGCACGGCCGCUAGCUUCGGGGACAUGGUGGAAGUGAGGGCUGGCUUCAGAACACAAGACCUUCCGAUCUUUGUGCGAAUGGUAGACCGUGACUCGAUAUGGGGCUUAAAUAACGGUCUCUCGACCCUGAUCACAACGACCCUUCAGAUGAAUCUAAACGGCUACACCCUCGUCCUGCCCGAUAUGAUUGGUGGUAACGGAUACAACCUGGACCAUGAGCAAGCGGACAUACCAACCAAGGAACUGUUCAUUCGAUGGGUGCAAGCGAAUACCUUCCUACCUGCAAUGCAGUAUUCCUACGUACCAUGGAACUUUGAUAAUGAAACAAUAGCGAUAUGCAAGAAGUACACGGAUCUGCACGCAGAGUACGCGGAGCAGAUCUACGAGGCCAUGCGGGCUUCAGUGGCAGAAGGUCGGCCCGUCACCGCGCCUCUCUGGUGGCUUGACCCCGAAGAUGAAGACGCACUAAUUAUUUGGAACGAAUAUCUUCUGGGUGAGGACAUUUUAGUUGCUCCGGUUAUAGAGCAAGGUGCGACUACCCGUGAUAUAUAUCUUCCCACUGGCGAAUGGUGGGAAGAAGGGGACUCGGAGAGGGUUCACAUGGGACCCACCUGGAUCAAAGACUACCCGGCGCCUUUGGACGUGUUGCCAUAUUUUGUACGCGCGAAAGAAAAUGUACCUGAUAUAGCGGUAGCUCCUUGUGUUGCUAGUCUCCUGGUAGUUUUAGGUGUUACAGCCAAUUUUAUUUUUGGUCUGUAA